GGCCUGUGAAGUAGCACAUUAGCUGUGGACUGAAGGGCACAGCUUGUUACGUUUGCCUUUUUAGUCGUUUUAACGCACGCUCGUUGUCCUGAUCGACAUCCGCAAAUCAACGCAUCCAUGCGGAGUCAGAGACCCGCUGUCACGCACCGUCAGACGCGCACAGCCGGGUUUCAGUGGAUCUUUGUCGCCAUCUAGAGGCCGACGUGUAGAUUCUACACUCUGGACUGCGGUGAAAUCUGCUGAGCCGUCUUGUUGUUUAGCGAUCAGCAGAUGUAGGCUAUAGAGUGGUAUGACAUGAUCCACCUGGAAUCUAACCAGAGGAAAAUACUAAAACACUGAUUUAAAAUGCGUGUUGUGAUAAAUAUAAUAAUUACACAAAUGUCUGAGCUUUUAUCGAAGUUGCGUCUCCGCACGUCUCCGCCGCGCUGCCUAAAUCAAGCGCACCCGGCAACAGAGUCAUGUGGUUGGUCAUGAGGAAGUAAACAGGGAAGAGAAGAAGAGCGUAAAAGCAUUUUCAUCUUUUUGAACGGUUUAUUUCCAGGCAGCAACACACAGACAGCUGGAACACCUGCCCCGCAUCUUCUUCAGGCGCUAUGGUGGACUUCCUGGCAGAGAAUAACCUGUGUGGCCAGGCCAUCCUCAGGAUUGUCUCCAGGGGAAACGCCAUCAUUGCUGAAGUCCUGCGCCUCUCCGACUUUGUUCCUGCAGUUUUCAGGCUAAAGGACAAAAGUGACCAGCAGAAAUAUGCAGACAUCAUAUGUGACUUUAGCUACUUUAAGGGUCCAGAGUAUUACGAGGGGAAGCUGGAAGCAAAACCCGAGCUUCAAGACCUAGAUGAGGAGUUUAGAGAAAAUAACAUAGAGAUUCUUUCACGGUUCUAUCUGGCUUUUGAGAGUGUCCACAAGUAUAUAGUGGAUCUUAACAGAUAUCUGGAUGACCUACAUGAGGGUGUUUAUAUUCAGCAGACCCUGGAGACUGUUCUUCUAAAUGAGGAUGGAAAACAGCUUCUAUGUGAGGCGCUCUACCUGUACGGAGUCAUGCUGCUGGUUAUUGACCAAAAAAUUGAAGGGGAAAUAAGAGAGCGGAUGCUUGUGUCCUAUUAUAGAUACAGUGCCGCCCGAUCAUCAGCCGACUCCAACCUUGACGACAUCUGCAAGCUCCUGCGCAGCACAGGCUACUCCAGCCAGCCUGGAGCCAAGCGACCAGCCAACUACCCAGAGAGCUACUUUCAGAGAGUCCCAAUUAGCUCCACUUUUAUUAGCAUGGUCAUAGGGAGGCUGCGCUCGGACGACAUCUACAACCAGGUGUCUGCGUAUCCUCUGCCAGAACAUCGUAGCACGGCGCUGGCGAACCAGGCCGCUAUGCUGUAUGUCUGCCUCUUCUUCAGUCCCUCUAUACUGCACACCCAGCAGGCCAAGAUGAGGGAGAUAGUGGACAAAUACUUCCCUGACAACUGGGUUAUCAGUAUCUACAUGGGCAUCACAGUGAACCUAGUGGAGGCUUGGGACCCAUACAAAGCUGCCAAGACUGCUCUCAACUACACCCUGGACUCUGCUAACAUCAAAGAGCAGGCCACUCGAUAUGCAGCUAGCAUGGAGAGCCUGAGGCCUCAGGUGCAGCAGCUGCUGAAGGAAGGUUUCCUCCGGGAGGAGAUCAUCCUGGACAACAUUCCCAAACUACUGAACUGCCUGAGGGAUUGUAAUGUUGCUAUCCGCUGGCUGAUGCUGCACUCUGCAGAAUCAGCUUAUGAUCCAAACAACAAGCGGCUGCGUCAGAUUAAAGACCAAGUGCUCAGUGACUCCAAGUACAACCCAAAGAUCCUGUUUCAGCUUCUGCUUGACACGGCUCAGUUUGAGUUUACGCUCAAAGAGAUGUUCAAGCAGAUGUUGUCAGAAAAGCAGAUCAAGUGGGAGAACUACAAGAAGGAAGGAUCAGAGAGAAUGACUGAGCUUGCCGAAGUCUUCUCUGGCGUCAAACCUCUCACCAGGGUUGAGAAAAACGAGAACUUGCAGGCCUGGUUCAGAGAAAUAUCCAAGCAGAUUGAGUCUUUGAACUAUGAGGACUCUACAGCUGCCGGGCGGAAGACUGUCCAACUCAUACAGGCUCUUGUUGAGGUCCAGGAGUUCCACCAGCUGGAGUCUAACCUGCAGGUCUGUCAGUUUCUGGCUGACACCAGGAAGUUUCUGCAUCAAAUGAUCCGCACUAUUAAUAUCAAAGAAGAGGUCCUCAUUACGAUGCAGAUAGUCGGGGACCUGUCCUAUGCGUGGCAGAUAAUUGACAGCUUCACGACCAUCAUGCAAGAGAGCAUCCGAGCCAAUCCGUCCAUGGUCACAAAGCUUAGAGCUACAUUUCUGAAGCUGGCGUCGGCGCUGGAUCUUCCGCUGCUGCGAAUCAACCAGGCAAACAGUGCUGACCUGCUGAGUGUCUCGCAGUUCUACUCGGGCGAGUUGGUGGCUUACGUCAGAAAGGUUCUUCAGAUCAUCCCUGAAAGCAUGUUUACGUCCCUGGCCAAGAUCAUCAAGCUGCAGAUCCACGACAUCAUGGAGGUGCCCACGCGGCUGGAUAAAGACAAGCUCAAGGACUACUCUCAACUCGCAGCUCGCUACGAAGUAGCUAAGCUCACGCAUGACAUCUCCAUCUUCACUGAGGGAAUCCUGAUGAUGAAGACCACCCUAGUUGGGAUCAUAAAGGUGGACCCCAAGCAGCUUCUUGAGGAUGGCAUCAGAAAAGAGCUGGUGAAGAGGGUCGCGUUUGCGCUACACAAAGGGCUGAUCUUCAACCCUAAGGCUAAGUCCAGUGAGCUGAUGCCCAAGCUGAAGGACAUGGCCGCCACAAUGGACGGCUUCUACAGGUCGUUUGAGUACAUCCAAGACUAUGUCAGCAUUUAUGGCCUUAAAAUUUGGCAGGAGGAAGUGUCUCGCAUCAUCAACUACAAUGUGGAGCAGGAAUGUAACAGCUUCCUCAGGACCAAGAUCCAGGACUGGCAGAGUGUGCAUCAGUCCACCCACAUUCCCAUCCCCAAGUAUCCCCCUGUUGAUGAAUCUGCCACCUUUAUCGGCCGUCUCUGCAGAGAGAUCCUUCGUAUUACAGAUCCAAAGCUAACGUGCUACAUUAACCAGAUGAACACCUGGUACGACCUGAGGAGCCACCAGGAGGUGACCAAUAACAGGCUGUUCUCUGAGAUCCAGAACACUCUGGGUACUUUUGGCCUGAAUGGACUGGACCGGCUUCUGUGCUUCAUGAUCGUCAGGGAGCUGCAGAACUUCCUGACAGUGCUUCAGAAGACCAUCCUAAAGGACAAAGCUGUGUUGGAUGUCUUUAAAACCCUGCUGAGUUCUGUCAACCCAGUCCAGGGCAUUGUGGCAAAUGCCAGCAAAGUGUAUGCAACAGCUGUGGCCAAAACCCAGAAGAUCUGGGGCGCGUAUCUGGAGGCCAUCAUGAAGGUUGGGCAGAUGCAGAUUCUCAGACAGCAGAUUGCAAAUGAGCUCAACUACUCAUGCAAGUUUGACUCCAAGCACCUGGCUGCUGCCCUGGAAAACCUCAACAAGUCUCUACUGGCAGACAUUGAAGCUCACUACCAGGACCCAUCGUUGCCCUACCCUAAAGAAGACAACACUCUCCUGUAUGAGAUCACUGCCUACCUGGAGGCUGGCGGGAUUCACAAUCCACUCAGUAAGAUCUACAUCACCACAAAGCGCCUGCCUUACUUCCCCAUCGUCAACUUCCUGUUCAUUGUUGCUCAGCUGCCUAAACUUCAGUACAGCAAAAACCAAGGAAUGACCUGCAGGAAAGCCGCUGACCCGGUCGAUUGGCCUCCGCUCGUACUCGGCAUGCUCACCCUCCUCAAGCAGUUCCACUCCAGAUACACUCACCAGUUCCUGGCUCUUAUUGGCCAGUUCAUCCGCUCCAUCAUGGAGCAGUGCACAAGUCAGAAGAUUCCUGACAUGCCAUCUGAUGUAGUGGGAGCUCUGAUGUUCCUCGAAGACUAUGUGAAGUACACAAAACUGCCCCGCAAGGUGGCUGAAGCUCAUGUGCCCAGUUUCAUUUUUGAUGAGUUUCGGACGAUACUGUGAAGAUGAAGGACUGAAAAUCUUUUUUUUCCUGCAGACAGUUUGACUUGACUUUUUGUUUCAGUUUGACUUUAUGUCCCUGCAAACACUGGUGUUAACAGUGAGACUGAUUUGUUUCUCUACGUCUAACAUAAACUAAAGUGCAGUAGUUUUGUGGAUGGAGCCCUAAAAAUGUGUGUAUGUGUGUAUGUUUCAGAAAGACACCUGCAUUGUUUAUUAAUGACUUAAUGCACUAAUAGUAGAUUGUAUAUAGAUAAAAAUGACCAAUUAAUUAACUUGUCGGCUUUGUAUUUUAAAAUGUAAUUAACAAAUAAAUACUUUUGUUCAUUA